GUGUCUUCUGUUUCUGCAGAAUCAUUUUUGGCGUUUUCAUUGAGUUCCAUUGAGCGCGCGCGCGCCUCCGCGUGCUCCUGUGAAAAGUCUGGGAGUGGGCGGAGCCUCUUUCGGACCCAGUCAGCGGAGCUCUUUCUCUCUCCGUCUCAGUCUGAAGUGACGAGCCGCGCUUCGCAUAGACCCUCCGCGCACGGACACCCCGCGUGGGCAUGCACGCGCUCGGAUUCCCGGGAUUUCGGCCCACAGUUUUCCAGCAUUGUGGAAGUAUUUGUUCCGGAGGAGCGGGAUCUGGACUCCAGUGACCCCCCCAGAAGAGAGGCGCCUCCCGCGCGGAGCAUGACCUGCGGCUCGCGCCGCUGAAGGAGCUCCGAGAACAUGCAGCAUCCUCUGGACAUGUCGGCGCGCUUCUACCCCGCGGACGUCCACGCGGACCUCAGGACGCACCGGUACCGGAGCUUCAUGAUCGAGGAGAUCCUCACCGAACACCCGGAGCACAAAGCGCCCGCCCCGGCCGGAGAGCUCCUCAAGUUCGGGGUGCAAGCCCUGCUGUCCGCGCGGCCCUUUCACAGCCAGCUGGUGCUGAAAGCGGACCAGGCCGGCCUCCUGAAGUUCCCCGUGUCCCCGCUGUCCUGCUCCCCGCUCGGCUCGCCGCUUCUGUCCGCCGGGCCGGGCCUGCAGGUAGGCGCCGCGUCGCACCACCUCCCGCUGGACCUGCACCUGCGCGGGAAGCUGGAGCACGACGGCGGCGGCGGGAAGAGCAAGAAGGGCCGCCGGAGCCGCACCGUGUUCACGGAGCUGCAGCUGAUGGGCCUGGAGAAGCGCUUCGAGAAGCAGAAGUACCUGUCCACGCCCGACAGAAUAGACCUGGCUGAGUCUCUGGGCCUCAGCCAGCUGCAGGUGAAGACCUGGUACCAGAACAGAAGGAUGAAGUGGAAGAAAAUGGUCCUGCAAGGUGGAGGCCUGGAAUCCCCCACGAAGCCCAAAGGUCGUCCAAAGAAGAACUCCAUCCCCAGCAGCGAGCAGCUCUCGGAGCAGGACCGGUCUGCGGCCGACACGGACCGUCAGUCUGAGGCCUCCUGCUCCCAGGAGAACACUCAGGAGGAGUGACACCCCCUCCUUUUUUGUUUCUUGGACAUGUGGGACACUCAGCAUGUGUGGACAAAUUCCUCGCUAAAGAGGAGCAGGAGCUCCUGCCUGUCAUGAUGAACUUGCUGCUCUGAGGAGAAGACUGCUGCAGCAGGUCUGUCCCUCCUCCAGCCUCUCUGUUCAUGCAUUCCUCUUUUGUGUCAUAUGCAACUUAAUUAUUAAAUAUAUUUUCACUAAUCCUGGUUUCACUGCUGUUGUAGGGAAAGCAGGAUAUACUCUGCAGGAGAGAGUUCAGCUUUUCUGGUGGUUUUUAGGGGAGGUUCUGAUUUUAUUAGGAUUUCUGGAGAGUUUGAGGAAGUUUGCAGCUUUGCUUUGAAAAAAGACAAGAAGAUUCUUCAGCUUUGUUUUUUUUUACAGCGUUUUCAUCUCUCUUUAUUCACCCUGUCACUGAGGUUUUGGGUUGUGACAGCUUAGAGGGAUGGCCUUCUGCUUCUUGCCGUAAAAUGUGUCAGUCUGGAAAAAUGAGGCGUGCGCGCGCAUGCGGGCAGCCGUCCUGACGCGCUCUGCAGCUGAUAAAGAUGCAGGUCAAAGUGAACUGAAAGUUAGUUUAUGACAACACAUUUUGACGAUUCAAUAGAGUUUUUAAAAAAAUUACGAACUUACUUUUCAUAUAAUCUCUUUGAACGGUGAAACAUUUGCAGCUUUUUAGUUUUUGCGCGUCUGUGUCCGCAUGGAGCGACGCGCGAGCCGGUGGACACGCAUCAGCAGAGAUGCGUGUCUCAAAAUAAAAGCCCCUGCAAGUAAAGAAAAAAAAA